CUGUGUUUACUGUUUUGUAUCGUUAGAGUCGGCCACGGGCCAUGUGUUGCUGAGAGGAAGUUUGUUUUUGUGUAUGCUUGCGUUAUUGUCGUGGACAAGAACAAUAGUUUAUCUGAUUUACCCCAUCCCUCACAAUGGAUCCAGACCAGUCUGACGAUGGCUUUGAUUUUGAGGAAGAAGCCGAACCGUGUACAAGACUUACAGACGGCAUAAAUCUCCAAGAACUGAUAAGUAACUCCUCUGCAACAUUUGAGGUAAACACGAGUAGUGAAGCUGCACUUGAAGAGAGUUAUGGAAGUUACUUCAGUGAAAAAGAUGUACUGGACUAUGUCAAUUUAGACUGUGUUGAUGCCGGUUCAGAUGAUGAAGCAAUAGGGCAAGGAGCUCCGGAGAAUACACCAUUUGAAAGAAUUGCUACCAAAAUGAAGAACAUUACAGAAGAUGGAAAAGUUAAGAAAAGAGUUAUUAAGCCCGGUAAUGGGACAAUGGUAGAAAAAGACUCUGUUGUAAUGAUAAAUUACAAUGCUUAUGUAGAAUACAGUGAAGAGCCCUAUGACUCUUCAUAUCUGCGAGGACGCCCAGUAAGACAAAAAAUGAAUGAAGGAAACUUCAUAGCAGGGUUAGAGGUUGGAAUAAGCACUAUGAAGAAGGGUGAAGUGGCGCAGUUCUUAAUUCAUCCAGAUUAUGGAUAUGGCAAGCUAGGAUGUCCUCCACGAAUACCACCAGAGGCUGAGCUUCUAAUACAAGUUGAGUUACUGCGUAUCACAGAUCCAAGUUCACUUGAAACAGUUGUUCAGAGUGAAGGAAGUGAAAAACCUACUUUUCAUCAAAUAAUAAAGAAAGCUGAAAGCUUGCACAUUAUGGGAAACGAUUUGUACAAAAAAAACACUGUGAGUGCAGCAAUAUCAAAAUAUCGAAAGGCAUCGUCAAUUCUUAACAGCGUGAAUUUGGCUAAUGAAGAAGAACAAAAGAAACAGCAGAAGCUACUUUGCAAAUUGCAUAUAAAUUCAGCAAUAUGUUACAACAGGAUCAAUAACUAUAGAAUGGCAUGUGUUACUUGCCGGCUGGCUCUUGAUAUUCAGCCAAGGAAUGCCAAAGCACUUUUCAACUAUGGGCGAGCAUUGAUAGGCUUAGGAGAUUACAAUCAAGCAAAAUCUUUCUUGACGAGAGCACAGAGGGAAGAAAGAAAUAACAGAGAAAUCAAUGAAGAACUGGAAAAGCUGGAUAAGAAGAUGAGGGCUUACAAAAAUGAUAUGUCUGCCAUAUCCAAGAGGAUGUUCAGAAUGGAGCUGUCACAAAAAGAUAAUAAACCUGAGAGCAAAGAAAACUACACUAUUUCUGCAUUUGCAAAUGAUGUGAAAAAAUGGCUUGAUUCAUUUGUUAAACAACCAAAUGUUCAAACUCUGCCAUUGCCAAGUGGCAUGACACAUGAAGAGGUGGCAGCAUUCAAAACUGAAGCAGAAAAGCGUGGGCUUCAGUGGCAAGUGUCAUUCACCAAAGGACAACGGCAAAUUUAUGUUGUGAAACCUCCUCCUCAGUGAUUCCCAUAUCUGGCAAUUGGCCUUGCUUGGUAAUGAAAUUAAAGACCAUUACUAUUAGCUUACAAACACUGAAAUAGAUGGGCUGUGAAGUACAAGAUUUCUCUUUAGUUUUGUUCAGUGGGUUCAGUGUUGCAGUAUGCACUCUGAAAAACAAUUGUAAUGUUCAUGGAGAAUGUAACUUAUUUUGUAUCUCCUUUGUUUAAUUUAUAAUUUGUAUGCAAGCAGCAAUUCUGAAUACCUAUGGUUUUUUUAUCUACUUCAUCUGUGUACAACAGAGGUUUUGGUGUCAUACUCAGAGGUUCCAAAUAACUGUUCCAAGUUUUCAUCUCCCCGUGUUACUGUUGAUUUAAUUUUUUAAUCAAUAUUGAAGUAGAUUUUCAUGUUAAAUUGUUUUUGUAGCUGCUAUUCAGAGAACCAUUUUCUACUAAAAAUGUAGUCUGUGCAGUUUUUCAUGCUAGCUCGGCACUCUAGUCAUCCAUCAGCAAACAUGUGGAGAUUAUGGCAUACUCUACCUGUGUCAGCAGAUACCAACCUUUGUGGUCAACCAUAAUUUCAGCAGAUGAGUAGACCCUGUGCCAUUGUUCAUUCUUUUUAUUUUUAGUCAAGGUAUUUUGUGAAAACAUAAUUGCUAUGUAGAAAUAUAUGAGAUUAUUUUCUGCUGGUAUUUUAAAAAGCAGUUUAAGCUUCAGUUAUAUGAUAUAUUUAAAAAUUCAUUGUUUCUAACUUCAUUGCAGAACUUAGUAACACUGCAUGGGGAAGCUGGAGAUUACCUUUUGUCUUUUUCUUUUUUUAAAAAAAAAAUUGGUCAAGAAUAAUUUUUUCACAAUAUCAGUGAAGAUAUUAGUUAUGUUCAUGAAGAGUCUAGUCUUUCUCAUCAUUUGUGGGUUUUUAUAUGUUUAAAUAUUGAUGUGCACACAUUUGUUUUCCUCUGGUCAUUAUUACACUAUUUAUAAUAAUGGCCUUCAUUGUGAUGCUCAUCCCAACUUAAUGGCGUAUACUUCCUAACGGUAGAUCCAACUAGUACCACCAAAACACUUUCAUUGGUGACUCAGGUGUCCUAUGCAAGAGCCCACUAGGCAUCCAUAGAUACUGCAAGGGUGUAUCACCCUGAAAGAGGGGUUCGUCAUAGGUGCUUGUCUACAUGAUUGUUUCAAAACUAAGUCGUUGAGCAGCCAAGUACUGUCGUGGAACUUGUUGCUGUCUUUGACAAGUUUCCAGAAUGUGCUGCAGUCUUCAUUGAGCCCCUUUCAUUUGUCGCAGUCUAUAUUAAAAGUUUUCAUAUUGUGCUUGAUGCACUCUUUCAAGCACAGUGCAGAUCUUCUAGGUGGUCUCUUGGUCAGUGCUAUCUUAGCAGUGAGUGUAAGGGAAGACGGGAGUGGUCCACAUGAUGCAAGUGUCCUAGUCACAACAUGCAUUGUUCCUUGAUGUGGCGAUGAUAUCUAGUGUCUUCAAAGUAUUAAAGACUGUCUCAUUUGUCACAUGAUCCCUCCAUGUUAGGCAUAGAAUAUUUUGUAAGGAGAUCAGAUGUAAGAUGUUGGGCUUACAUUCUUGUAUAAUCAAACAAUGGAAAAUCCAGGAUGGAAUGUAACAGUAUUAUGAGAAGGAAAGUUACUACUAACCAUAUUGUGGAGAUGCUGAGUCGCAGAUAGGCACAACAAAAAGACUCUCACAAUUAAAGCUUUCGGCCCACACACACACACACACACACACACACAAACACACACACACACACACACAAAACUGAAGCCACACUUUUUGUUUAGCAUAUAAUAUCCAAGCCAUACACAGGGAUGCUCAGCACACAUACUGGAUAGACUAGUAUGUUUGUGAGCACCAUAUGGUACUUGUUGCCCUAUAUUCUUAUGUGGAGUCCCUUGAAUGUAUUUGCUGCUUUGCCAGUUCUUGCAUUUAUUUCGUCCUCCAGAGAGAGACCUCCAACACCAGUGAGCCAACGUAGCAGACUUUGUCACCUACAUUCAACAAGGAGUCACCCAGUUUUGCGGUAUGCAUAGCUAUGUAUCCUUGCAUCACUCUCAAGACUUCUUUACAUUCACGUACAUUCACUUGUACACAAUAGCAGAUUUGUCCAUAAACCUUUGAAUGUCACCUUGAGUUAGUGCUACAAAUGCUGUAUCGUCUGCGAAUAAAAGGUUACAUACAGGUAAGUCCUCGCAAUAAUGGUUAGGUUGAAAUAGCAACAUCUUGUAAAGUUUCCCAUCAGCACUGGUUUGUAGAUGGAUAUCCAGGUUUGUUUCACCGAAAGCAAGCUAAAGAAGUAGUGAGAAGAAUAUACAAACAUGGCAGGGCAGCAAACAGAUCAGAUGUGCUUCCAUCAAAUAUUACAGCACCCUCUAUACCAUUGUGAAAUACCUGUCAUCUUCAGAA